AUGCCCAACAAGUGGAACGAUUAUUUUGACAAAGUUCAACCUAAAGACUACAGUUUUAUUGGUUACUAUGAACAUCGUUCUAAGCAAACAGAUUUUACAUUUUCUUUUCAGAAGGAAUCCUACGAGUUGAAAGCAGAUUUUGACAAUCUCAUGGAACAUGAGGGAGCUCUCAUAGUUACGGCGACAACGGAAUGCUGUCUACCUUAUGGUCGGAAUGUCCGCUAUGAGAAAAUGGAUACCCUUACAACUACGGGGACAUCCGAAUGUUGUCUACCUUAUGGUCGGAAUGUUGAAGCCAUUAGUCCAUUAAUAAAUAUUACCAAAGAAACCUUUGCGACGAUAAUUGGAAACGUUCAUUCUGCUGUUGAAAACGUCAACGAUACACUGAGGCUUACAGGAGGUGGGUCAGUAAUAGCUACCAAUAAGAAACGCGCUCAUGGUGCUACUUCAGCUUCAGUGACAGAAGAAUCCGCUAAAAGGCUCAAGAUCAGGGCGAUCCGCCAAGACGUAGUAUAG